CAUCAGAACUCGACGUUUAUUCAUCGUAAGAAGAAGAGUACGACAAACGCUGUUUUAGGCUAAAAUAUCAUUUUCAUAUUGAUUAUCAAAAGUUUAACUAAGAUGGUAAAAUUAACGCCUGAAUUAAUAAAUCAAUCUAUGCAAUUCAUCAAUCCCUGCCGGGAGCGGGAACUAGAUUUGCGUGGAUACAAAAUACCACAAAUAGAAAAUUUGGGCGCAACGCUAGACCAGUUUGACACCAUAGACUUAUCCGACAACGAUCUCAGGAAAUUAGACGGAUUGCCUUAUUUAUCACGUCUGAAGUGUUUACUUCUCAACAACAAUCGCAUUCUUCGGAUAGGUGAUGACUUACAUGAAUGUGUGCCUAACCUAAAUUCCCUAAUAUUGAGUGGCAACAACCUGCAAGAAUUGGGUGACUUGGAACCCCUAUCUCAGCUCCAGCAUUUAGAAACAAUUUGUCUUCUUAUGAACCCCGUCUCCACGAAACCGUACUACAGAGAAUAUAUGGCAUACAAGUUUCCACAUUUAAGACUCUUGGACUUCAGAAAAAUUAAGCAAAAAGAUCGUAAGGCCGCUAUUGAAUUUUUCCGUUCAAAACAGGGAAAAGAACUACUGAAGGAAGUGGCGAAGAAAUCAAAACAGAGCGCAGCUGCUGCUGCAUUGGCUGAUGGAUCUGCUGCUAAAGCUGGUGGCGGACGAUUUGCCAACCCAGAAGAUAUUCGACGCAUUAGAGAGGCAAUCAAACGCGCCAGUUCCCUAGCUGAGGUUGAGAGACUAUCACAGAUAUUACAAAGUGGUCAAAUUCCCGAUAAUUUUGUCCUAGAACAAAAUGGAGCAACGACCAAUGGAGGAGGCGGUUCAGAUGUUGCCAUGGAACAUUAGUCAUAAACCUUAUUUUCUACUGUAACAAAUUGUAUCCCUCGUAAGUUUUAAUUAUAAAUACAAAAUUUUGAAAUUUGUAAGAAGAAA